AUGUUUUCUGUAACGACGGUAUGUCACCGUACAAGCGACACAAAGCAUCCAUUGCUCAUGAUUACCAAUCGCGAAGGAAACAGAUUCUUUUUCGGGAAAGUUCCUGAGGGUGCACAGCGAGUUCUCAACGAAAACGGUUUCCGCAUGAGCAAGGUUAGGAGUAUAUUCAUGACUGGUAUUAUUUCUCUGUGGAGUGAAAUUGGAGGCUUGCCCGGUCUAUUUCUCACUGUCAGUGAUGCUGUAAGCCGAGGCUUGGAUGUUUAUGUGUCAUCCAGUUCCGUAAUGAAGUAUGUCGUCGCCACAUGGCGGUACUUUGUUUUCAGAAGGGACAGCCCGUUGAACGUAGUGGCCGCAAAUGAAGAUGCGGUAAUUGCUGAUGCUAGCGCAGCUUUCUUUCCUGUUCAAAUCGCACCUUCACUGCUGCCACAUGUUCUGCAGAGUAGUCAAGCCGAAACUCAAAGUGACCCAUCAAUGAAAGCAAAAGUAAUGGCUCAAAUUGACAAGCUAACCUCAUUGAUGUUUCCAUCAUCCACACCAAGCACAGAAAAUGGGAACGGCAAUACUGAGAUGCAGUAUGUUGGAAUCCAAUCAUUUGUUCGUCUUCCUGAACUCUGCCAAGUCACGGGAAGCCAACCUCAGAAGUCUCUUAACUUUAUCAUCAGAUUUUUGCCUACAAGGGGGAAAUUCAAUCCAAAACGUGCAAAAGAAUUAGGUAUUCUGCCUGGUCAUGAUUUCAAACGACUUACUAGUGGUGAACUGGUCAACAACAGUAACGGAGAUGUAGUACAUCCACAUCAAGUAAUGGGUGACGCUAAAACUUUCCCCAAGAUAGCUGUAAUUGAUAUUCCAAAUCAAAAGUACUUGGAAAACACCAUAAAAAGCCCGGAGUGGUUUAAGAUCACUGAAGAUAGGGGUGAUGAACAGUAUGGUUUGGUGUACCAUUUCUUAGGUGAUGAUAUUGACUUCCAGCUGGAAGAGUAUCUAUCUUUUAUCAACCGAUUCCCAGCAGAUUGUACUCAUGUGAUGAGUCACUGUUCAAUUGCUGACGAUACACUCGUUUUCAAGACUUCCAGCAUCCAUAUUCUUAAACUCAAAAGCAUCAUGAACAACAAUUUCAACCUUCCAUUCUUUGAAGAUGUUCAAAAACAAGCGCCUGCGUCGCUCAUAAAAUUACAAUCCCUUCAAACCUUCAAGAUUGAGUCCAAUGGAGUGACCUCCGACAAUUCCUUGGUUCAGAGUGAAUCCUGGCCCACGUUGUUUGAGAAACAUGUGAAAUCCACAUGCCCCAAUGCAGAAUUCAGCGAUAGUGUCGUUCCUUUAGGGCCAUUGUCAAAUGCUGUAUCAUUAAAAGAUCAUGUGCAAAUCGUUACCCUAGGCACUGGGUCGGCGCUUCCAUCUAUACAUAGAAACGUUCUUUCGAACCUUAUACGUGUUCCAUUUUUGGACCCAGAGACUAAUCAAAUACGUUUUCGGGGGUUCAUGCUCGACGGAGGAGAGAAUACCAUUGGAAUGCUUCUCCGGAACUAUGGCCAUGAGCAACGAGCCCAAUUAAAUCAGAUUCUUGACGAGUUAUGUCUCAUCUUUUUGAGUCAUCUUCAUGCUGAUCACAACCUCGGCAUCAUCACCGUCAUUACCGCUUGGCUUGAACACAACUCAAACAAUCUGAAGAAAUUGUACCUUGUGGUACCAUUUCAAUAUCGGGAUUUUCUUCGUGAAUGGUUCCAGCUUGAAGAUUCUAAGUUCAAGAAUGAAUUAAAUAGAAUUCGUUUCAUUACCUGUGCUCAAUUAAUGCGCCAGCGUGGUUUCGAAGUGGAACCUCUUGACCCGGAAACCUUUCAGAGUCGCUUAGAGAAGGGUGAUACAAGCAAACCCAACCCAAAGAACGCAACUCCCCCGCUUUCGCCUGAAUUGUGGACCCGUCUUCAGGCCGACACCGGAUUAUUGCAGUUUGAGACAUGCCCUGCUAUUCAUUGUAAUUGGGCGUACAGUGUUAGCAUGACGUUUAAUUUAGGAGAGAAUGAGAAGUUUAAGAUUUCAUUCUCUGGUGAUACCCGUCCAAACCCCAAGUUUGUCGAGAUCGGUGUUGAUAGUGAUGUUCUCAUACACGAGGCUUCUUUGGAUGAUGUCAAUAUCGAGGAGGCUAUCGAGAAAAAGCAUACUACCUUGGUGGAAGCUGUCCGAGUGUCGCAAUUGAUGCGUUGCCGGAAAUUAGUUCUCACCCAUUUCAGCACUCGUUUCUCGGAAGAGUUCAAUUUCAUCAUGAGUUCCGCCGAAUACAAUGCACUGGUUGCACGGCUUCACGAAUAUCUUGGCAAAUCUCCCACGAACAUCUUUGCACAACAAGUUGCAAACAUGCCUCUGUUUGAAGACCUUGAUAUUUGCUACGCAUACGACUUGAUGUCGGUUCGUUUGAAUGAAAUUGGGCUACAAAAACCGCACUUCAAAGCCAUUCAGGCCCUUUCAUUGGCAGAAAAUACCGAAAUGCAGAUGAAGAAGGACGAGAAGAAGGAGCGCCGUCAAAUGAAGCUGUUCGAGAAACGAGAUGCCAAAAGGCAGCAGAGACUCGGCGCCGGCCAGAAUCAAAGUCUGAACCAAAGCCGAAGAUCUCCAAUUGAGGGUAAAGGUCAAUAA